UGUGCAUUUAUAUAUAACAAAGCCGAACCUGUGAAGAGUUUCAACAAUAUAUACUCUGUUUUCUGUCUACGAUUAAAAGAAGAAAAUAAAAGAAAGAAAAAUGGGAAGUUUAGAGGAAGACGAGUUAGUAAAAAUGGUACAAGAUUUUAUAGAGUCUGAUCAUUCACCAUCACCUACUACUUUAAUCAAUUCUUCUAAUCACCACCCUCCAACCCAAUAUUUUAUUUUGCAGGUAGAUUUGUUUUGUAAAUUCAAAAUUUUAAAUUUUGUCUUUGGCAUGUUUUUAUUAUGUGUUAUAUGUUUUCAGGACAUUCUAAGGAGUGAUACUGUUGAAGAAGCUAAGGUUAUGAAGUAUGUGAUGAAGCAUAUGAGAGGAAGACAUGGUUCUGAGAAAACAACAAGUCUUAGUAGAUUUCUUGUUAAGGGAAUGAGAAAGGAUGGUUUUCAUGCUUCUUUGUGUCAAACCUCUUGGUCAACUUCCUUUCGAUGUCCUGCUGGUGAAUACGAAUAUAUUGAAGUGAUAAUCGAAGAUGAGAAGAAUAUAAAGGAUCCAACGAGGGUUAUAGUAGAUAUAGACUUCAAAUCCCAAUUUGAACUUGCAAGGCCAACAGAACAUUACAAAGAAUUAACAGAGUCACUACCAAUAAUAUUUGUUGGAAAAGAGAACAAACUGUGCAACAUAAUCUCUUUGCUAUGUUCAGCUGCCAAACAGUCCCUAAGAGAAAAGGGUCUACAUGUACCCCCAUGGAGAACCACUACAUAUAUGACAUCAAAAUGGCUCUCUCUGUGUCCUAAAAAGCAUGUCCCUAUUGGUAAGGGAUUUGGGGUGGUGAAUCUCAAUUAUCUAACAUCACCAUAAAUUUUUCACUACCAAAUUUUGGUUUUUUAUAGUUAUUUCUGUUGAGCUUGAUGAAUAUUGCAAUUCACAAGUACAAAUUUUUGUAUUGUCACGCGUAUGCUAAUGCAAGUGAAUUCAAAUAAAUACUAGUGUUUUGAGACCAAAUAGUACAUCUGUAAUAAAAACUAUAAGGUAGACACUCCAAUUAUUUAAUGUCACGUAACUUUAUUUUUAUUU